AUGGCGUUGACAUCAUCUGAUAUUAUCUCCCUCUCCACCGGCUCUGCGAACAUCUUCCUCGGGUCCAGCGAUGGCUUUGUCCAUAUCAUCUCGACAAACUUCAAGCUUGUCCGGUCGUUCAGGGCAUCGGAGACUGGUUCGAUCGCACACAUUAAACAGAUAGAAGGCACAUCAUUGUUGGUAACAAUAACGGAGGAUCUCCCCAGUGAGGCAGCCCUGAAGGUCUGGGCCCUCGACAAGUCCGAAAAGAAGACCGGUACGCCUCGAUGCCUGUCGACGACGCAUGUCCAGAACGCGAGACGAAUGUUUCCCGUGGCAGUUGGCUUCGCGAACGGAUCCGUCACGAUUAUUCGCGGUGACCUGAUCCAUGACCGCGGCGCCCGGCAGCGGAUUGUGUUUGAAUCGGAGGAGCCAAUAACGGGACUGGUGGUGCAGAGCGGCCCAGUAUCGACCUUGUAUAUUUCGACUACGAAUCGCAUCCUGGCCCUGGUUAUCUCAGGAAGGGGACAGGGACAACCGGCCCGCGUACUCGAUGAUAUGGGAUGUGCUGUUGGUUGCCUGAGUUUGGAUAGAGACACGGGCGACGUUCUGGUUGCCCGAGAGGAUGCGAUAUAUACGUACGGACCACACGGCCGAGGCCCGAGUUAUGCCUUUGAGAGUCGUAAAGACUCCAUCACCACCUUUAAAGACUAUGUGGCUCUGGUUUGCCCACCUAGAGAUACGACCGCCAAGCCUGACACUCUGCGCAACAUGGGUGUCGGUCAGGCAGACGACAUAUUCAAGACGACCACAUUCACCCUGCUUGAUACUGAUUUGAAGUUCAUCGCGCACUCCGAGUCUCUCGUCUCUUCCGUGAAAAACAUCUUCGUGGAAUGGGGGGAUUUGUUUCUUCUCACUACGGACGGAAAGCUAUAUCGGUAUCGCGAGAAAAGCCUUCAACAGAAGCUCGAAAUUCUGUACCAGCGCAACCUAUACAUUUUGGCGAUCAACUUGGCACAGAAAACGGGCGUUGAUACACUUCAGCAGAAUGCGAUCUACCGGAAAUACGGUGAUUUUCUGUAUCAGAGAGGCGACUACGACACGGCAAUGCAACAAUACCUUCGAGCAAUUGACAACACGGAACCUUCUCAGGUCAUUCGCAAGUACCUGGACACACAACGGAUACAUAACCUCAUCGAGUACCUUGAAGAGCUUCAUGAUCAUGACCGAGCUACAGUCGACCAUACCACCCUGCUCCUUAACUGCUACGCCAAGCUGAAGGACACUGGCAAACUUGAUGCGUUCAUCAAAGCUCCUGGUGAGCUGAAGUUUGACCUGGAAACUGCAAUCGCUAUGUGUAGGCAAGGUGGCUACUUUGAGCAAGCUGCGUACUUGGCUACGAAGUAUGGCGAGAAUGAUAUGGUGGUUGAUAUCUUGAUUGAGGACUCCAAGAAGUAUGCGGAAGCUGUCGAGUACAUCUGGAGGUUAGACCCGGAAUUGGCAUACCACAAUUUGAUGAAAUAUGCCCGAGUAUUGCUAUCCAAUUGCCCGGAGAAAACCACAGAGCUUUUCAUCAAGUACUAUAAGGGCCAAUAUACUCCAAAGACCGAAGUCGAAGCACCGUCCAUGGAACACCAAGCACAGCCGACCAGUACCCUGCAGAGCUUAGCUGCGUUCCUCCCUCUGUCUUUGAUUAACGCUAGCGCGGGCUCAAAGCCGGAAGUAGAAGCACCGCCAGCCGAAGACAAGGCUACCGAGGAGUUGGUGGAGUAUCAAAUACCCAAACCAAGGACAGCAUUUUCGGCGUUCGUGGGCCAUCCGGAUGAAUUUAUAUCCUUCCUGGAAGCUCUCAUUCAACAGGAUAAUUUGAAAGAGGAUGAUAAGAUAGACCUCUACACGACUUUGUUCGAGAUGUACCUGGAUACCGCAAGCCGGCAGAAGGAUGCCGCGCAGAAGGUUGAAUGGGAGGACAAAGCAAAGAAGCUCAUUGAAGGCAAGGAUAUACCAAUUUCCACGUCGAGUGUCCUUUUGCUCUCUGAUCUUUCUGGCUUCCGUGAGGGCUCCACGCUCGUACGAGAGCAAGAAGGCCUCUUGUCAGACAUCUUCAGGUCUUUCACCUCCGCGAAGGAUACUCAGGGUGCCAUCAAAGCAUUGAAGAGAUAUGGCCCCGAGAAGCCUCAACUAUAUGUGGAUGCACUUACGUACUUCGCCUCGAGCCCGCAGAUUCUGGAAGAAGCUGGCGAUGAAUUGGACGCCGUGCUCAAGAAGAUUGACGAAGGAGGGCUCAUGACGCCACUCCAAGUCAUUCAAACUUUGAGCAACAAUGCAGUUGUCACAAUGGGUCGCUUGAAGAAGUACCUCAGUGACAACAUUGAGCGGGAACGAAAGGAGAUUUCUACUAACCGCCGCCUUAUAUCUAGCUACAGCACCGAAACGGAGAACAAGAGGAAGGAGCUUGAACAACUGGGUAGCAAGCCUGUUGUCUUCCAGGCCCGUCGAUGCAUGUCCUGUGGCGGCGCCCUGGACCUUCCUACGGUGCACUUUCUUUGCAAGCAUUCCUUCCACCAACGAUGUCUGAACCGAGUGGACGAAGACGCUGAAUGUCCUGCUUGCGCACCGCAGAAUUCUACUAUCAAAGCCAUUCGGAAGAGACAGGUCGAGUCUGCAGACCAGCACGAUCUGUUCAAGGGUGAACUGCAACGCUCUAAGGACCGAUUUGGGGUGGUCAGUGAGUUUUUCGGUCGGGGUGUGAUGCGACCGCAAAGUACUAUGGAGUGA